GGCUGGUUGCAGUCUCAUUGGACGGUUGGAAUUUACAUUACUAAUCAGAUUUCGGCCUGCCCCUACUGCUGGUGCUUUUUUUGUGUUUGCAACUAGAAGCGUCUUCCCUUCCCCUCCCCUCCCCAAGCUGAAUGUGGAGCGGCGAGGUUGUGGCGCCGAGCGUAACGCUUGGUGUUUGUUGUUUUCGGGAUAAGCCGAAUACAAUCAACUUAAAAAUCAUCAGUAUGAUUUAUAAACAUUCCUGGCCUUCCCACCGUAAUGACAACUCCAUCAAAUUGCAGAAUUACAUCUCAUGUCAUGUAUUGCAAGUUUCCCAAGUGUACGCUGGUUGCUUAUGGUCAGUAUUGUCUUGGUGCAAAUUACCGGUCAGCACAGCUCUGCUGUGAAAAUUGGAAUAGGCCCAUUCAUUUCCAUUGUUUCUUGCAAAGUGUGUUGUUUGGUUCUGAGCUGAAAGAACUUUGAGUAAAUCCAAAACCAUUGCAGAUGGACUUAAAUCUAUGACCUACAUAAGAAAUAAUUUGCACAGUUUAAGGUGCAGAAAGUACAGCAAGAGCUGCCCAAGGAAGAUUACUGGGUACUGUCACUGUAGUAAACCAUUUCAGAGAUAAAAGCAUCAUGGCUGUACAAAUAACAGUGGUACGUAAAAAAGAAUUUGCAAAUCAGAAAGAAGAUUCUGCUAAUGGGUUUAACACUGAAGAGAAAUUGGAAACAAAAGACCAACCAAAUAAUGCUCCUGAAUGUUUAACUUGUGUGCUUUGUGAUUUCAAGUAUACCAAUCAUGAAACUUUGGAAACACAUCUUGGGUCCAUUCAUCCUGAAUUCUCUGACCUAACAAAUACAGUGCUUUAUCAGAAAAGUGCCAAAUUGUUCCAUUGUCAGUUAUGCUUCUUCACAAACAAAGUGUACAGUAUUGUUUACAAUCAUGUUACAACACAGCAUCCAAAGCUGAACAAGAUUGAAAAAAUCUUCCAAAUGAAAGAACGCCAUGAAGGAGCUGCCAGUGACGUUAGUAAACCAGUGAGAGCUACAAAAAGAAAGUUAAAAGAGUCCAAAGUGAUGAAGGAAGAAAAACCUGUAAAAAAGCGAAGGGGGCGUAGAAAGCGUACAGAAAUACUUUCAAACGCAAUUGAAAUACAACCCCCUCCUAUAAAACCUGCAGAAACCAGUUCAAGCACAGUUGAAGGGCAGCCUGUUAAGAGGAGACCUGGAAGACCAAAGCGUAAAGUAGAAGAGCCCAAAAAUGUUGAUUUCACCUGUGAAAAAUGUGGCACUCGGUUCAAUACUGUUGAUGAGCUAAAUAUCCAUAGCUGUCAGAAGAAAAAGAAAGAUGCCAACGCUGCACUGGUUGAGUACAGUGAUUCGAGUGGCCAUUACCCAACGCAACAGGAAUCCACACGUAAAUCAUCAGCUUCAAAUAAUCCCAAAGAAGUAGUGGUUUCACGCACUAAAAAACGAGCAAUUUUGAAAGGUCCUAGAAAAAGGAUGGUUCAGAAAGGUUCUGCAGAGCAGACAAUUCCAAAUAAUCCCAAAGUGGUGCCUGUUGCAAAUGAUUUUGAAGAGCCUUCAGAAGAAAAGGAUUAUGCAAAAAGUUUGCAAGAAAAUAUUAAAUAUGUUCGAGGAACUUUUUACUGUAGUUUCUGUAGAUUCCAUUGUAAAAGUAAAAGUAGUGCUCUAUACCAUGUUGUAAGGGUACAUGACAAACCUUAUCCUUAUCGAUGUACUGAAUGUGGAAGAUGUUUUGUUAUGGAUAAGGAGCUUCAAAGGCACAUGUCUGUUCACACUGGAGAAGCUUAUUACAAGUGUUCUAAAUGUGACUUUGAAUCUGAUUAUGCCAGAGCUUUUAAGAAUCAUGAGAAACAGUGUACUUCUCAGCAGAAAGAUAAUUGUACUGAAAAUAUUGAAGCUAAUAAGCAGCAGAAUACAGAUCAAGAGAAAAAGUUAAUCAGUUCCAAAUUGCCUUCAGUCCAGCCCAACAGUGCUCAUAAAGAAGUAGCACAGCUGCAUGGGAAUUCUUCGCUGAAGAUGGAAUCAUCAGAUGCAGGAAAAAUGCAUUUACAACUGAAUGCUAGUAAAAGUCAGACUUCAAAGUUGCAGCUUCUGGAACCUGCAGAGUGUUUGGUGGCUCAUCAAGAUUCUGUAUCUUCUUCAACAGAUAAUGUUUUAUCUUGUUUUGAGUGUGGAAAGACAUUUGAAGAGCAAGAAUUGUUCCAGAAGCACAAACUUCACCAUUCUUUACAAAAGCCACAAACCUGUGAGCGCUCUCAUGAUGAUUUACCAACCCCAAGUGGUGAUACAGAAAAAAAGCAAGCAGAACCAAAAUCGUUCAACUGCGAUAGCUGUAAUGUUCAGUAUCAGAGCAAAGAAGAUUUACAGCAUCAUCUGAAUAUUCAUAAACCAAAUAAUCAAGGUAAAACUUUUAACUGCGAAAUCUGCAGCAGCAAGUUUGAGAAACAAAUUGAUCUCCGUGAUCACCUCAAAGUUCACAAACAAAAUAUUUCAAAGACUAAUCAAUCUCAUGUAACUGAUAACCGAAUGCUUUACAAGUGUAAUUACUGUUCUUAUAGCACAUACCUGUUUGUAAAUUACAUAGGUCAUGUCAGAAUAGCGCACACAAAAAAUUUCCCCAUUCAUUGCUCAUUUUGUGGAGAUGGGUUUCAGCUUCCAGCUGAAUUAAAAAAACAUACAUGUCAACAGAUUCAAAGUGCCAAUGUCAUAUCUAAUCAAGGUGAUGAGUAGAAUAACAUGAAUUUUAAAGGGAAGACUCCAGUUCCCAGCACUAAAUCCCUAAUCUUCAUAUACCUAACUAGUCUCUACUAAAAUUCUUAAAAUUGCAAUUUUAAGUUAAUGAAUAAAUGGUAGAGAGCUCAAUGUCCAAAUUGUUUGCUUUACGAAAUCACAGGGCAGUGAUGCAAAUUAAUUGUAAAUAUUUGAAGUAUGUUCUCUGUUCACUGACAGCUUUUGUUUCCCUUUUAAUGUCCCAAUCCGUUGAAAAUGUGGACCUUUAUUUUCUUUAGUUGUUAAUGCAAACAGGUAAUUUUUGACAAACAUAAAAUCUCAUUCUUCAACUUCUACCAACAUUGACUUUCAUGUGUUUAGGUAACUGAACAAACAUGCGCUUCAUUGUUGGAUUGCUCAUAAAGUUCUGCAUGCAUUAUUGGGCUGAAAAGGUCCAGUGCAACCUACCUGUUUAUUGUCUGCUUUUGUUCUUUCAAUUCCGGACUAGUUAUAAAUAGAGCAUUUUUGUUUUAAUUGGCAAUACAUUUCAGUGCCCGGUUAUGCUACUUGACAAAUUACAGUCAAUUUCCAAUAUUUUGGUGUUCUAUAUGUAGUCGAAUAACCUAUUCUGCCUUUUUGAAUUAACUAAUCUUUCAAUGUAAGUUUUUUUUUAAGAAGCAAAUUUUCUUAAUUCCCUGUUUUCAUAUUCUGGUUAUUACCUAACAUAUUAUACAGUAUGUGUGAAAACAAACUCCAGGUAUAUAUGUGUGGAAUUCAAUGAAAAAAGCUUAACAAUUCAUGAAAGGUUUAGCAGGCUUUUUUAAAAUAUAAGCAUCUAGGACUCCCAAGUGUGGUUGCAAAGGGAUUUUAUGUUUUCAGUAGCAGUCCAGGUGUUUGUUUAUCAUACAGACUUUUAAUUUACUAUGAAAGACUUCUGCUGGUUAACUGUGUAUUUUUACUGAAAGUUAAUAAAAAUUACUUUCAGUUUUUUAAAAAAGUUAUAGUUAAAAAUCUUUGUAUUCCAACUGUAUUAGUCACACUAUUAAGAAAGAUUGGUGCUGCAUCUUGCAGAGAUAAUUUCAGUGUCUUUUUUAGCAGUAAUUUGUCUUUUCAACUGUAAUUAUUUUGCAGUACAUUUGUGUUUGUAACAAAUCUUUAACAGCAAGACAUAGAUGUUUUUUGUUAAUCAAAUUAAAAAAUACCAAAACAA